AUGGCGAUCUGUAUUACCUUUGGAACUCAUGAGUUCUCGGGCAUGCUCGAGGGCUAUGAGAAUGUUCGCGCUUAUUGUUACAACUGCCAGCACUGGAACGGCCACUGUGUUACUCGAUGGCCUUUCUUCACCGUUUGCUUUGUCCCUCUGAUUCCCCUUGCCAUGCACAAGUACAAGGAGGUUGUAUGCUACACCUGCCGCUUCAGUCAAGACCUGCGGGACCGGCCUGAUAUCACGCCGGAUACUCGAGCACCACCUAAUAUGCAAUGGGGACCGCAGCCACCUCCUCAAGCGUACGGAGGUUGGCAACAGCAGCAAGAUCCUAGCAAGCAGCAACCUCUCCAGCAGCCGCCUCAGCAAGAAUCCAUGAACUAUAAGUAA